UUACGCACACAUCAGGGGCGUGCAUCUCUAAUAUCAUUGGAUAAAAAAGAAAUACUAUCAACUGAUGUUGGAUUAAAUAGCAGUGCGAAUUGUUGCAGUGGUGCAGUGGAAAGCUGGUUUUGAGUACUACCAUCCACAAUUUGCAUAACUCCUAACAUAAAAAUGGCAGUUUGGGUCAAUACUUUCUGUACAUCCAUACCUGAAGCGGCAAUAAGGGCAGGUUACGAAGCUGACGGUAAGCCCCUUUACAUUGCUCGAGAAUCAAUGGACGGUGUAAUGACGCCUGGUAAAUGUGGACCUCAUCUUCACGGGGCCAAAAUUCCUUAUGGCGGUGAAGAACGUGACGUCAACAACUACGAAGUUUUGGUUCUUCCAAGCGAUAAAGACGGCUAUUACGAAUGGAAGAAAGCAAGUUAUGGUAACGUUCCCGCCAAUGCCUACAGCACGGACGAUGGAAUGUACAUUGGCCGCGCAGAAUAUUCCGGAAGUUUAAUUCCAGGUAAAGUUCAUGCAUCUCACCAAUGUGCUUAUGUGCCUUAUGGAGGGAAAGAAGUAAAACAAAGCCACUAUGAAGUUUUGUGCAAGGUCAUUUAAAGCCUGCUUUGUCUCUUGAACAUUUCAGAAGAAAAGACUUUAUAUGAAUGCCGUCGGGCAAGACUUAUGCUUAAAACUUUCACAAUAUGUUUUAACCUUUACUACUGUUUCUGAUUAUCAUCUGAUUAUAGCUGUGUUACAUUAAAUAUCUUUUGUGAAUUUGUAAAUUACUAGGAAAUAUGUAAACACUGUAUUCGGAAUAUUGAUCUCAAUAAUAAAAUACAUCUUCAAUUCU